GCCCGUGACACGGACACUCAGCACGACACAGGACGAGCUUCUCCUCUCCGCCGCUGACCGUGUGCUGUUGUCGUUAUCGGGGAGGAAGGACGCCUGCCUGCUUGGAGACGCCGGGGACCCGUGCACGGAUGCAUCAUGUCUUCGUUUGUGUGCCGGGUUCAGUUUCUAGACGACACCGAUCCGUUCAACAGCACCAAUUUCCCGGAACCGACCCGAGCUCCUCUCUACACCUUCAGAGAAGAUAUUCCUCUGAUAAACCAGCUCGCAGGGGUCCACCGACUCCUCAAAGCCCCUCACAAGCUCGAUGACUGCGCUCUGCAGCUCUCUCACACCGGUGUGUAUCUGGAUCUGGAGUCGACACUAGACGAGCAGAGAGAUGAACUCGAGGGAUUUCUGCAGGACGACUGCGCAGGGAGGGGAAAGAAGCACAGUGUGAUUUUACGCACUCAGCUGAGCGUUCGUGUUCACGCAUGUAUCGGUGAGUCUCACACACACACACACAUGUGAGCAAAC